GCAAUGACACACAUUUCAGUUCUGCUUCUCCUGCUGGGGACGAGCUCAGCUUACACCUAUCAAAAUGUUGCCUUGCGUGGAAAAGCCACCCAGUCAGACCGUCAUGGGGAUAACUAUGGGGCUGCCUACAAUGCUAUUGAUGGAAACCGUGAGUCCAACUACUUUGCUGGAUCGUGCACCCUCACUGUUGAGAUGACCAACCCCUGGUGGAGAGUGGACCUGCUGGAGUCCUACAUCGUCACCUCCAUCAUCAUCACCAACAGAGGAGACUGCUGUCCAAAAAGGCUCAACGGGGCAGAGAUUCACAUCGGCAACUCUUUGCAAGACAAUGGUGCCGCAAACCCAGUGGCUGCUGUAAUUCCUCACAUCCCAGUUGGCAGGUCUUUAAAAAUCACUUUUACCGGACUUGUGGAGGGACGUUUUGUGACUGUGGUUCUACCGGGUUUAAAAAGGAUCCUUACACUCUGCGAAGUGGAAGUCUACGGGUACCGUUCCCCAACUGAAGAGAACCUGGCCAUUCAAGGAAAAGCCGCACAGUCAUCAGUGUAUCAGGCUUUCGAUGCAUAUAAGGCCAUUGAUGGGAAUCGGGACUCCAUGUCGUCCUCCACGGCUGACGGUUCCUGCAGUGUCACAGACACUGAUUUUAACCCCUGGUGGAGGCUGACUCUGCCCAAAACACACAAAGUGUUUUCUGUUAAGAUAACCAACCGAAAUGAAUACCACGAACGACUCAAUGGAGCCGAGAUCCGCAUUGGAGAUUCUCUUGUAAACAAUGGUGCUGACAAUCCCAGGUUUGCUGUAAUCACCAGAAUCCCGGCAGGUGAAACUGUUGAGUUCCAGGUUUCCAACGGGAUGGACGGCCGCUAUGUUUACAUAGGUAUCCCUGGAAGAGAGGAGUUCCUGACCCUCUGUGAGGUGGAGGUGUUUGGCUCUGCACUGGAUUAGCAUUCAAUGUAAUGGAUUUGCAAAUAUGAUGUAAUGUGUACACAAAGCAUCCAAAAUA